AUUAUCACGAUGAAGUUCUUUGCUACACUUUUCCUUUUCUGUGCCAUCGUUGGCUGUGUUCUGGCCUCUUCAACAACAAGCACUACGGAAGCAUUCUCCGCUACUACGACUGAAACGGAAGCUCCUAAAGUGCCAGCUCCGCCCUGCGGAAAGGGACCCUGCGGCCAAAAACUUUACUUCUUUUAUUAA